AUGAAAAAAAAAUAAUAAUAAGCAUCAUAACCAUAAUGUCAAACACCAAAAUCAAAACAUGUAAUCUAACCAAUUGCAUCCCCAAAUUCAAAUUCAAAUUCAUUUUCAUAAAUAUUUCAAUCUUAUUAUCCACGUACUCCUGUUAGAAAAGUAAAUCAAUAAAAGUAAUUUUUGAAAUUAUCAAUUUAGAAAAGAUUAGUUAGGUUAAGUAAUGGAAAAAGGUGUAACCAAAUAUGCUGUUGUUACUUAAGUGACUUUUAAUUCUACUACUAAAUUUAAAUCUUUGUCACUUCAAGAACAUUUCGCUCAAUUUUAAGUUUAUGAUAAAAGAAAUAAAAUUGCUGAUAAUGAAUGGAGUCUAUUAAAUUUAAAAUCAUCAUCAACACUAUCAAAUAAAACACAACUAUUUUACACUUUAACUAAUGUGUUUUAAGAAUAUAAAAAAAAUCCCAAUAAUUAUUUCAUGAUUUCAAAUGCAUUAUUUUUGGCUUUUUUUUCAUAUUCAAAUUAAAAAAUACCUUAUUGUCUUUUUAUAACAAGACAAGAUGCUUUAAAUAAAUAAUUAUAGAAAUCAUAAUUUUUAGAAUAAAAACAAAUAGAAUCUAUUGUUUUAGGUAUUGAAACACCAUUAUCAGUAUUAUUUCCAACAAAUCCUACUUAAUUUCCUACUAAAUAUACAUUAUCAUUAAUAUAAAGAAAACAUAUUUUAUACUUAUUCAAUAUUAUACUUAAUAUUGGAAUAGAAAAAGAGAUAAUGGAUGUGGCUGCUAAUUUUACAUUUCAUAACUCUUAUUUCAAUAGUGUUCAAACAUAUAAUGGAGUUGAUUAAAUUGAAAAUGAAACAUAAAAUUUAUUUGAUAAUAAUACAGAGUAUAAAAUAUCAUUUGAGGGAUUAUAUAACAUUUAACAAAUUAUUGAUCUAAAAAAUUAACUUUAAUAGAGUAAUCCAGAUAUAGUAGUUUCUGAUAUCAAAUUAAGUCCAUUAACAACUCUAAUAAAUGAUAAAUUACUUGAUUAGAUAAAUAAUGAAUUAUAAUGA